UCUCUCCCUGGUCUCUGCCUCCUUCUAUCCAGCUGGGCCCUUUCUCUUGUCUGCUUCUCUGGAUGCGCCAGGAACCAUGAGCCGCCAGUUUAGUUCCCAGUCAGCGUUUAGCUCAAGGAGCAGGCGGGUUUACAGCGCUGGCUCCUCUGCGGGCUCCGGUGGUGGGAGUCAGGCUGUGGGGUCUGUGUGCCGGGUCGGAGGGAGGUGUGGAAGUGGUGGGUACGGGAGCCCGGCCAGGGGGUUUGGCUCCAGGAGUCUCUUCAAUCUGGGUGGCAGCAGAAGCAUCUGCUUCAGCCUAGUGGGGAGAAACGCUAGUGGUUUCCGCCAGGGUGGGGGAGCAGGAGGGGGGUUUGGAGGCGGCAGAUGCUUUGGGGGUGGCAGCUUUGCGGGUAGCGGCCUUGGAGGUGGUGGCUUUGGGGGUGGUGGUGGCUUUGGCAGUGGUGGCUAUGGAGGAGGUGGCUUGGGGGGUGCUGGGUUUGGAGGCAGCAAUUUCAGGCUUGGGGGCUUUGGUCCUUCUUGUCCCCCGGGGGGCAUCCAAGAGGUGACCAUUAACCAAAGCCUCUUACAACCACUUCACCUGGAGGUGGACCCUGAAAUUCAGAGGGUUAAGACCCAGGAGCGGGAGCAGAUCAUGGUUCUCAAUAAUAAGUUUGCCUCCUUCAUUGACAAGGUGCGAUUUCUGGAGCAGCAGAAUCAGGUCCUACAAACGAAGUGGGAGCUGCUGCAGCAGGUAAACACGUCCACUAGGACCAACAACCUGGAGCCCAUCUUGGAGAGCUAUAUCAGCAACCUGCGGAGGCAGGUGGAUUUUCUCAAUACGGAGAAGAAGCGCCAGAAUACGGAGAUCAGGAACAUGCAGGAUGCCGUGGAGGACUUCAAGAACAAGUACGAGGAAGAAGUCAACCGGAGGACCAACAGCGAGAAUGACUUUGUCGUCCUGAAGAAGGAUGUGGAUGCAGCUUAUUUGAACAAAGAGGAUCUGCAGUCCAAGUUGAAUGUUCUGCUUCAGGAGGUCGAUUUCCAGAAUUGUGUAAUUCAAUCGGAGCCGUCUCACAAGUAUACUAAUGUAACGAACACCAAUGUCAUCCUGUCCAUGGACAAUAACCGCUUCCUGGAUCUGGACAGCAUCAUUGAUGCGGUGCGGACGGAGUAUGAGCUGAUCACACAGAAGAGCAAGGCUGAGGCUGAGGCGCUGUACCAGACCAAGUACCAGGAGCUCCAGAUCUCAGCGGGAAGACAUGGAGAUGAGCUGAAGACCAGCAAGAUGGAGAUCUCGGAGCUCAACCUCACCAUUCAGAGGCUGCAGUCAGAGAUCAGCAAUGUCAAGAAGCAGAUCGACCAGAUGCACAUGGCCAUUUCGGAUGCAGAGGAGAGAGGAGAUCGGGCCCUCCAGGACGCGCAGCAGAAGCUGCAGGACAUGGAGGCCGCCCUGCAGCAGUCCAAGGAGGAGAUGACUCGGCUGCUGCGUGACUACCAGGCGCUGCUGGGAGUCAAGCUGGCCCUGGACGUGGAGAUCGCCACCUACCGCAAGCUGCUGGAGGGCGAGGAGUGCAGGAUGUCAGGGGAGCUGCAGAGCCACGUCAGUGUCUCUGUGCACAGCAGCCAAGUGAGCGUCAGCGGAGGGGGCCGAGGCUCUGGAGGUUACAGCGGCGGUUACAGCGGCGGCGGCGGCGGUGGCGGCGGCUCCCGCGGGGCCGUGGGCGGCUACGGAGGGGGCUCCCGAGGGGGCAGUGGAGGUGGUUACGGAAGUGGCAGCGGCGGGAGCUACGGAGGGAGCAGCAGAGCCAGCAGCAAAGGCAGCAGCAAGUACCAGGGCAGAAGCGGCGGCGGCUCCUCCCACUUGCAGAUCAUCCAAACGUCUACCAACACCACCCACAGGCGAAUCCUGGAGUAGAGGCCAAGGCUUCUGCGACAGCGGUGCCUCUUGGCUCACAGGCCCCCACAAGGCAGGGCUCUCUCCUGUCCCCUCCCCCAUGUCCCUCCUGACCCCUCUCACUUACCUUUUCACCAUGGGUCUCAGCAAUUUUGCCAGGUGCAUAACCCCAAACAGCAGAUCUCUCUUUGGAGGGCACUGGCUGGCAGUCAAAACACCGCCUGUACAUUCUCAACUCAGACUCCACUCAGCUGGCCCUUCUUCUGUCCCUGGAGAUACCCAGGGGCCCAGUUUAGCCAUGGAAAAGAAGAGCCUGUAGAGCGUCUGCAAGGUAGAUAAUGGAGAGUUGAUGCCAGGAACACCAGGUUUCUCACUCCCAGGCUCCGUCCCUUUCCUGGACCUGGGCUACUCCGUGAACAAUAACCUAGCCCUUAGGAGACCUGCAAAAUGAGACCUUUGGGCGAGUGGUUGAUGACAAGGCAAGCUAGCUUGGCAAGGGGAACCUCUGAACCAGGGACUGAUUCUUGCCUCUUGGUCUGUAGCCUCACACUUUAUUAUUAAUGGAGAGUAUGGAUAUACUGCCCACAUCAGACACCUGUAAGUCCUGUCUGGUCUUGAUUCUGGGUCUCUGUCUUAAGACAUUAAUAAGCAUUAUCCUCUGGGUUUAUAGCCCAAGGUGGAGGUAUUCAGAGACCAAGAGUCCUUGUCCACGGGGAGGAUCAUAAUUAACGGUGAGUGGAAGAGGUGAUGGACAGCAAUCCAGCUCUGUUCUGUCCUGCCCCUCCUGACAGCGCCAUUCUUUGCAAGUGUGGCCCCUCCUGAACUCUGCUCCAUACAAGCCCUUGAGAAUUGUCCAACAGGCUGGGUGUGUGCAGCCCAGCACUGCUCUAUCCAGGUGCCCAGGUCCUGAGGAGUCUGAGAAGUAGACUUGGGUCCGAACCAGUCUGCAAGCUGCGUGUUAUUUGCAAGGUAGCUUAAUGCUCUUUCCCAGAUGACAAAGUCCCUUCUGCCUCUUGAUCUCUGUUAUGCUGAGCACUUUCUGAGAAUGUGACUCUUUAUUUGGGGUCUCACAUAAGAUGCUUGAGAUAUGCUCAAGGGGGACAGGAAGGACAGCCAAUGAACGGGGGGACCUUGUGGGCCCUAAGAGAGGAAAGGUGGCUUUGCUUCUAAGACCUGAAGUCACCUCCACUUGCUUGCUGAGUCCCAACACAGUGUGCAUGGCAUGAUUCUCUUGGGGCAGCUCCUGGGCUGAGCCUGGGUCCUCUGGAGAGUGCUGCGACCCAUCAUUUCCUGGUUGAAGUUUGUACCUUG